AUGUCGACAGUCGCGGCUAUCCCCAUCCGCCCCUCCAACGGCGACCGACACGCCCCAGUCCUGUCCACCCUCGACCCGUCCUUCUCGCCAGCGUCGCUCCACCUCCAGCCAUGGACCUCGCCUUCACCUCUCCCCUCCACGUCGCCGAGCCAAGGGUACUCUCCUUCAUCCUCGCCGUCCCCUCCACCUCUCGGCCAUUCGCCUCGACCUGCUUUCGCGGUUCCCAUGGGCUCGCGCUGCGAGAAGGUUCCUUACGACGGUCCGGGCACCGCCAUCUACGUUCGUCAGCCUACGAGGGCACAGCUUCGCGACAACAACUCGCUUUUCGGAUCGUCGAGCCGGCCGUACUACUUUCAGGACCCGCAGAACAAGCCUCGCAUCCCGCAGUUCAUCGAUAUCGACGGCAAAGAGUGCGGCGUCCGGUGGAUCUACGUCGACCCGAAGGCGCGCGAGCAGCCUUCCGAGGACAUGCGCGAGGACGAGGCCGGGUGCUCCAUUAUGUGA